GGUUUCUUUUACAAAAUUCUCAUUUUGAUUCUUUCUUCCUCUUUAGCUAGAGAAGAUUUAUACUGGGUUUUUGAGUAUUUCUCGGAAAGUUUCGUUUUUUUUUUUCUGGGGAAGUUUCCGAGAUCUCGGCGGAGUACUUUUUUUGACGACGAACCAGUAUGGUUUGGUACUCAAGCUGUAGAAUUUUGUUUCUGGGUCUGAUUAUUUUGUUAGCUUCGAGCUGGGUUUUGGAAAUAUGCGAAGGAUUUGGUGAAUUUGGGUUUGAAUUUCAUCAUCGUUUCUCCGAUCAGGUUGUUGGGGUUUUACCUGGAAAUGGUUUACCUAAUCGAGAUUCUUCUAAGUAUUAUAGAGUGAUGGCUCAUCGUGAUCGGUUAAUCAGAGGUCGUCGACUUGCAAACGAAGAUCAAUCACUUGUUACUUUCUCUGACGGCAACGAUACUGUUCGUGUUGAUGCCCUAGGAUUUUUGCAUUACGCUAAUGUGACGGUUGGGACGCCGUCUGAUUGGUUUCUGGUUGCUUUAGACACUGGAAGUGACUUGUUUUGGUUGCCCUGUGACUGCACCAAUUGUGUUCGUGAAUUGAAAGCGCCUGGUGGCUUGAGUUUGGACCUCAAUAUUUAUAGCCCUAAUGCAUCAUCGACAAGUACUAAAGUUCCUUGUAAUAGCACAUUAUGUACAAGAGGUGAUCGAUGCGCUUCCCCUGAAAGUAAUUGCCCAUACCAGAUCCGGUAUCUUUCUAAUGGUACCUCGUCUACCGGAGUCUUGGUGGAGGAUGUACUUCACUUAGUUUCAAAUGACAAAAGUUCCAAAGCUAUUCCAGCUCGAGUUACUUUGGGAUGUGGUCAAGUUCAGACUGGUGUAUUCCAUGAUGGUGCAGCUCCAAAUGGUCUUUUCGGGCUUGGCUUAGAAGACAUAUCGGUUCCUAGCGUACUAGCAAAAGAAGGAAUUGCAGCAAACUCAUUCUCAAUGUGUUUUGGGAACGAUGGAGCUGGUAGGAUCAGUUUUGGGGAUAAAGGUAGCGUAGACCAGCGGGAAACACCAUUGAACAUAAGACAACCACAUCCUACUUACAAUAUCACCGUCACUAAAAUAAGCGUUGGAGGAAAUACCGGCGAUCUUGAAUUUGAUGCUGUUUUCGACUCUGGAACCUCGUUCACUUAUCUGACUGAUGCAGCUUACACCCUUAUUUCAGAAAGCUUUAAUUCUCUAGCUCUGGACAAACGUUAUCAAACAACUGAUUCCGAGUUACCUUUUGAGUACUGUUAUGCACUAAGCCCAAACAAAGACAGCUUUCAGUAUCCAGCUGUGAAUCUGACAAUGAAAGGCGGGAGCUCAUAUCCCGUUUAUCACCCGUUAGUAGUAAUCCCCAUGAAGGACACAGAUGUCUACUGUUUAGCCAUCUUGAAGAUAGAAGACAUUAGCAUCAUUGGACAGAACUUCAUGACUGGCUAUCGCGUUGUCUUUGAUCGUGAGAAACUGAUUCUGGGGUGGAAAGAAUCUGAUUGUUACACCGGUGAGACCUCAGCUCGGACGCUUCCAUCGAACCGUUCCUCCUCCUCGGCUAGACAGCCAGCUUCUUCGUUUGAUCCAGAGGCGACGAACAUACCAUCUCAAAGACCAAACACGUCGACUUCUUCUGCUGCUUAUUCUCUCUCUAUCUCACUUUCAUUGUUCUUCUUCUCAAUUUUGGCCAUCCUUUAAUUAUUUACACGUAUAUAUUUAGCCAUCUGCUAUACACGAAUUUGUAUUCUUUAGAAGAUAAUUGGGUUCAAUCACCAAAAAAUAUUGCACACUACA